GGAAGCAUUUAAUAUUUUUGAAGAAAAUAAAAAAGCAUUGUGGGAGUUUGUGGGUUGUCUUGCCUUGCUUCGUUGUCGUUUCGCCGGCCAAAGACACAACCUUUGUUGCCGUUUUAGUGUCUGCUUUGGACACCUCUCUCUCUCUCCCUCAGUUUGAUUUGAUAAUUCGAGAUGAACGACCUUCUCACUGAUUCAUUUGUUGGCGAGGCUAGUAAUGGCCAGCCUUCUAGACAAAGUGAUAUUGAAAUGGGACAGGUUCCGAGAAGCAACUCCGAUAUGGGAAUGGAAGCUUUUAAUAAACAGAUCCAUGAGGCUGAUAAACAAAUCGAUAAGCUUUCCGUGCUACUUCAAAAGCUAAAGGAAGCUAAUGAGGAAUCCAAAGCUGUCACAAAAGCAUCUUCCAUGAAAGCUAUCAAGAAGAGGAUGGAGAAAGAUAUUGAUGAAGUUGGAAAGAUUGCACAUGGGGUCAAAACAAAAAUAGAGGCUAUAAGCAGAGAUAACCUAUCCAAUAGACAAAAGCCUGGAUGUGAGAAGGGAACAGGUGUUGACAGAGCAAGAAUGAAUAUGACAAAUGCCUUGACUAAAAAAUUCAAGGAUCUCAUGACAGAGUUCCAGACUCUUAGACAAAGAAUACAAGAUGAAUAUCGUGAGGUUGUGGAGAGAAGAGUUAUUACAGUUACGGGAACUAGGCCAGAUGAUGAGACAAUUGAUCGCCUGAUAGAAACUGGAAACAGUGAGCAAAUCUUCCAGAGAGCAAUUCUAGAAGCAGGCCGAGGACAGAUUGUAAACACAGUAGAAGAAAUUCAGGAGAGACAUGAUGCUGUAAAAGAAAUUGAGAAAAAACUUCUUGAUUUACACCAGAUUUACCUUGACAUGGCAGUCUUAGUUGAUGCUCAAGGAGAAAUUUUAGACAACAUUGAAAGUCAGGUCAACAAUGCAGUCGAUCAUGUCCAGAGAGGGACAUCUGCACUUCAAAAUGCUAAGAAACUCCAGAAGAACUCUCGAAAAUGGAUGUGCAUUGCCAUCAUUAUACUGUUGAUUAUAGUAGCUAUCAUAGUUGUGGGUGUUCUCAAACCUUGGAAGAGUAGCUAGGGUGCUUGAGUGUGGCCCCUUUACCUUUUGUCCAUAAUCAUAAGAGUUGACUUGGUUGCGAAAGCAUAUGCAAUUUAUGCAUGUGUGUCAACCGGACAUCUUAGAGAAGGAUUUUUUUUUAAGCUUUUAUUUUGUAUGAUUGAGAUGCUUGUUUUGUGUGGUGUUACUGAUUUCUGACUGUACAUUGGCGUGCCUCACGAUAAAAAUUCAUAUUCUUUGUAGCCUUCAAAAGUUUAUCAGGGUUUCAUAUUUCCUUGUACUAUUCUAUAAUAUUCUAAGAAACUGUUUUUUAUGUUA